GCCGUCCCUUCCGCAGAGUGUACCUGGGGUGACCCCGCGGCCCGCGUGAGGACGCUCCUAGCAGCGGGCGCAGUAGGUGCUUCCCGCGGGGCCGGAGGCCCUGAGGAUGAUGUCUGUCUUCCGGAAGCCCAAGACGUUCAAGUUGCGAGCCCUGCACAGCCAGCAGAAGUUUGGGGUAGCAGGGAAGAGCUGCCAGGAGGUGCUGCGGAAGGGGUGUCUCCACUUCCAGCUGCCCGCGCCCGGCUCCCGCCUCUGCCUCUACGAAGAUGGCACGGAGGUGACAGAAGGUUACUUCUGGAGCGUCCCCGACAACUCGGAGCUCGUGCUGCUCACCAAGGGCCAGACCUGGGAGGGCUAUGUGAGUGACAUCAGUCGCUUCCUCAGCGUGUUCCACAGGCCACACGUGGGGGUCAUCCAGGCCGCCCGGCAGCUGCUGUUGGACGAACAGGCCCCGCUGCGGCAGAAGCUGCUGGCCGACCUCCUGCACACCAUCAGCGAGAACGCCGCGGCCGAGACGCGGGCCGAGGACCCGCCCUGGUUCGAAGGUCUGGAGUCCCGGUUCAGGAGCAAGUGCAGCUACCUGAGGUUCAGCUGCGAGAGCAGGAUCCGGAGCUACCUGAGGGAGGUGAGCGCGCACACGCCCGCGGUGGGCGCGGGGGCUCGGGAGGAGUUCGCGCAGGUGGUGGACGCCAUGGGCCAGAAGCUCCGGGCUGAGAAGUACAACGGCUGCUACUUCGACAGGGGUGCCGAGGCCAGCAGCCGGCUCUGCACGCCCGAAGGCUGGUUCUCUUGCCAGGGUCCUUUCGACGCGGCCAGCUGUGCGUCCAGACACUCCAUCAACCCCUACAGUAACAGGGAGAGUCGGGUCCUCUUCAGCACCUGGAACCUGGACCACGUCAUAGAGAAGAAGCGCACCGUCAUCCCCGCGCUGGCCGAGGCGAUCGAGGGCCAGGACGGCAGGCAGCUGGACUGGGAGUACUUCUACGGCCUGCUCUUCACCUCCGCCAACCUGAAGCUGGUGCACGUGGCCUGCCACAAGAAGACCACCCACGGGCUCAGCUGUGACCCGAGCAGGGUCUACAGGCCGCGCGCGGAGCCCAGGAGGAAGCGGGCCGCUCGCAAGGGCCGGUGACUCGGGCACCCGCCUGCCCGCCCUCCACAUCGCCCCGGGCCUGGCGCCGGGUUGGGGGGGUGGGGAGGGUUUUAACAGGUGCUAUUUUUUUUUUUUUUUUUGCCACAGCAAUAGCUUCCGAAAAGAGCUUCUACAAAACCUUCCUACGGAUCUCAGAUUCCAGGGCGUGCCUGAUUCUGGUCUCUGCACCCCGAGAGCCCACAGCCGAGGGCGACUUGGGUGCCCUGACGGGACGCCAGGAGUGCUGGUGUCCGGUCGGCGGGGACCAGGGACCGGCCCUCUCCGCCCCGCCUGCUCUGUACGCUUGUGUGGCACGGCCCCCGUGGCCGCGCUGAGGGCCGGCGCUCUCCCGGCAGCCACGCGGAGUCUCCCUGCCCAGACGGUGGGGAGCUCCACCCCAGACCAGACCUCCCCCUUCCGGGG